AUGUCGUCAAUUGCCGCCAUGGCCUCCCGCCGGGCCUUUGCCCGCCAGUCUCUUUUCCGUACCCCCGCCCGCCGUUUCUACAGCUCCAAGGUGGAGGAGGCUAGCCUCGACAAGGCUCCUCGUCGUGACCCUGAGCUUUACGUUUUGCUCGGUGUCAUGUCUGGUGCUUUCCUUGUCGCUGGAUGGUACUUCGGAAAGAAGCCCACAUCCGUGACCUCCGAGAGCAACGUGCGUAUUGGCGAUAGCGCUAUGCCCUGGGAACGUGAGGACGACGGCAAGGUCUACAAGUACCAGUAUCACCCUCACGGCGACAAGAGCCAGCCUCUCAGGAACGCCCCCAGCGCCCUGAACACUGUCAUUGUGCCUAAUGUUACUCUGCCAGCUGACCUCCACGAGCGUUUCAACAAGUACGGCAAGGAGGAGUGGGACUACUAA